CUUGAUAGACCAAGAUAAUGAAUUCAAGUUUCUCAUAUUUAUAACUAAUUGUAAAAAUAUAAAUAUAAUUGAUUAUUAUAUUUAAUAAAUGGUAUUAUAUGCGUGAUUUAUCCAUUAUAUUUUAAAGAUAUAAAAUAUAUGACAUUUAUAAUGGUUCGUUUUAAAAACAGAUAUAUCGCAGUUGAAAUAGUACCUAAAAUUGAAAAUGACAAAGCAUUAACGUUGAAGUCAACGGCAUUACAGAAUGCUAUUCAGGAAAAAGUACAACAUUUAUAUGGAGAUUUUGGAUCGGCCGCAAUAAAAGCUGGAUUUCAAGCAAAAUAUUGUAACGCACAAACAAGAAUAGCACUUAUUAAAAGUAGACAUGGACCGCAUAAAUUUAUAUUAAAUUCGAUACCAUUGAUAAGCGAUGUCGAUGGUCGAGCAGUAACAAUAAAUAUUAUUUAUGUCAGUGCAACUAUAAAACAUUGUUUUAUUUUUGUAAGAACGUAUCAGCAGAAGAAGUUGGAAAAAAUGUGGAACAGCUUUAAAAAUGAUAAUCAAAGAAGAGAAAUGCAAAAAGCACUGAUGAAAUUGACAGCGUCUAUGAAAGAUUUUAAACAAUAUUGAAUUAAUCGCAAAUAUUUAUUGAUACAUUGAAAACAGAUUUAUGUUCCUCAUCUAAAAAAAAAAAAAAAAAAAAAAAAAAAAAAGAAAAAAGCGUUUGAUAAUUUCAAUUGUAAUUUAAUAAUUAAAAUUAUGUAUAUGUUUAUGUAAAUAUAUAUAUAUAUAUAUAUGUAUAUAUAUAUAUAACACUUCAUUAGAAUUGAUUUAAAUAAUAUGUUAGAAAAUUAUUACUUUUCAAAUGUUAAAGAAAUAAUGUUGAAAAAUUCAAUAAACGAUCGUGCGAUUGAACGUAUUAGGAAAAAAAAAAAAAGAAAAUAAAAAAUAAAAAGAAAGAAAUAAAUAAAAAAAGUAAUAAAUAAAAAGUAAAUAGAAAUUAAAUUCGUAUGGAUUUUGAAAAGUGGCGCUGUUUGCGCGCCUUUUAAGCAUCGUAGUAUAAAAACAGCGCGUAAUUCAAAUUCAAUGGGAAAUUUCGUUUCAACAUUGGUUGCAAGCAAUCUAUGGUGGGAGAAGGGGGUGUUAGUGUAUAGGGCUGGUUGGUGAUCGCCGGCAGUCGUCGCUGCGGCGUUGCUGCAGUUUGUACAACGAACAUUAAGAAAUCUUGAGAGAACGAAGAAGCACGACACGACAAUAGAAUCCGGUAGUGCUUCCAUAUAAAUCUCAUAUUAUAAUAAAAAAAAAAAAAAGAAAAGAAAAAAUUAUAUAUAUA